GAUUUAAAAAUAAAAUAUUAUUUUUUCUUCUAGUAUUUGUGGAUUUUGUAUUGAUAUAAGUUUUGCUUGCAUUCUGAAAUUGAAAAAUAAAUCCUAAAUUUAUUGAUUCUUUUGUGUUUAUUUAUGUUGAAAAAGCUGAGUAAUCCAUUUCAGCAAAAAGUUCACAAUGUUGAGGUUUCCCAAAUUGGGAAGUGAUCGCAGCAGUGAGUGGAGAUGCUGCUUCUGUCUCCAUGUGCGCACUGGCACCAUCUUAUUAGGCACAUGGCAUUUGAUGUUGCAUUUGGUGGCACUAGGAUUCUUGGCAGCCAUUGUGCGCGAUCCACGCCUCCUGGAUGAGCUGGAACGCGAUGCCUCGCCCGUCGCCGAUUGGAGUGAUGUUGGUAGACCAAACAAUGCGCUGCCCACUCCAUUGUCCAAUGUAGAACCACCGCCUAGCUCUUUCCCACAGCAUGCCUACCAACCACGAGACCAUAGUUUGAUAUACCAUGAUGUGGAUGUGGGUGCACUGGUUACAGUGUGUACCCUGACCAUCACCCUCAUGCUGAUAUAUGGAGCGGCGCGCGGCAAGCCCGCGCAUCUUCUACCCUUCUUCUGUCUACAGAUAUUUGACUUUGCUAUCACUGUUUUAACAGCAACUGGAUACCUUUGUUACCUGCGCUCCAUCCACCGUCUGGUGGCUGAAACACGGCGGGUUCCCUGGCGCGACCAGCUGCUCCGGCUGCCAGCGCCUGCGCUCGCUCUCGUCGUACUCUCCGCCUUCCUCAUUGCGGUCCUACUCAAGGGAUACUGUAUUAACGUGGUGUGGCGGUGCUACAAGUACCUGACGAUGCGCGCGCACCGUCUGCAGAGCCUCACACCAUUCGUGAUCACCGGCGAGAGUGCCCUCGCAGCGCCCGCGCCGCCAUACUCGGCCGCACCACCGCCGGCGCCAUACUCCAGCCUGUUGCCGGACUACGAGGAGGCCGUCAAGCAGACGCCGCCACCCUCGUACCGCGCCGCCACGCUUAUGGCCACAGCUGACCCUGCCAUCACCACUCCGGAGACACCACCAAGCGAGCAGCAAGCACCGCAACCUACAUUGGCGACUAGUACAGUGGUGAUGCUGCCCCAACAAGGAUCCCAGGCUCGCGUCUGAAUUACACCUUCAUAAGGGUUAUCUGUAAUUGAAGUGUUUAGGCCAUAAUUAUACCUAAUAUUCACUAAGCUAUUUUUUAUGCCAAAUUAUUAUUGUUCAGUAAUGUGAAUGAACUCGCUUUGCUUCAUUAGAUAAACACGUGAGUAAUUAUCACGCUGUUGUCUCUAAUAAUAUAAUUAUCUGAUAUUUAAGUAAAAUAUAUAUUUAAAAAUUAUGAUAUUCCAGAUAAGUCAUAGAAAUUAUUUUGUUUAUUACCACAAUUCUUAAUAUUAUCAUCGAUAAAAAUAUAACAAACUACUCUGAUAAACUGAUGACCUAUCUAAUGAAAUGUACAUAAUACGUGAUAUGACCUAUGCUUUUUCUUUCUAAUCUAUUAAUUAAAGAAUACUGUUAUUAUAAUAAUGGAAUGAAUGAAUGAAAGCUCUUGAAUUUAUAUAUGUUUACAAAACUUGAAUUAACGGCUAUGAAAUAUUAAAAAUUAACUAACCCACCUUCAUUGGGCUAUUACAAAAAUUUCAACAAAUUGUUUAAGUCGAGUGAUGCACUUACCAACGAACAGCAUUUCAUUUCUACUUAUAUUAAUCAUAUACAUUAUUUCAUUUACCAUUUAAUUAUAAUUUUUCAUUUACAUGUUUUUUAGUUCUUAUUAUAUUCAAAAGUUUAAGAUACUUGCUAUCUUAUAAAAUCAAGUAUUCAUACUAUAUUUUCAUAAAGAAAUUAUGUGAUAAUGUAGUAAUGCUUUUAUUGAAUGAACUUUACUGUAGUUGUUUAUUUGCUAAUCCAUUAUUCCGUUCAUAAAAUUCGAAAAAAUAAACUAAUUGUCUAACUAAUCUGUUCGGCUUGCAUCAGAUAUUUUAAUAUAAAUGUGGUAAUUUUAGUACAUAAUAUUUUAAUGAUAGUUGUUGUAAUUCAUAUCCCUUUUAUAUGUACUUUAAAUAACAUUCAUUAUCAUAGUGCCAUUGUGUUAUGUUUUUAAAUUUUAUUUUUAUAUCAUUAGUUGUAUAUUCCCCUUUAUAAACUUCAUGCCUAUUUGGUCUUCUUAAUAUUAAAUAGUAUAAGAUUUAGUAAGUCCCCCAUUGUUUAGAACAUAAUUCAUUCCAAAAAUCGGAUAAUUACCGCGUGAUUAUUGAUCUUUUAAAGUUAUAAAUAUGUCAAUAGAAAAUUUGUCAAUAUAACAAGAUAAUCAAUCCUGUAAUGGUUCCUUCAAUUGGUUUAAAAGGACCAUUAACUGUGUCUAACAUAAGUAAUAUGCUGAUUAAUAAUAUUAAUUUUAUAUUAUGAUUUAGUUAUUAGUACUGUAUAAUAUUAAUGUUAGACACAGAGUUUAUGAUGUCAAUUCGUACGCUACACAUACCGUCCAUUUAAUUUUGUUUUUAAUAAGAAAAAAAAAAACUUAACAACACUCAUGAAAUGUUUCUAUAGAUUUCAUAUUUGCAAUCAUUAUAGUGACAUAUUGUUGUCAAAAGUACAUUUUCCAACUAACCAGUAUUUCAGGUUUGUUUAUUAAAACCGAAAUUACCUUAUUAUCUAUUCAAAUCCAUAUUCGGAAUUAUAAAAAAAUUAUGAACUAUGCAAUUAAUAAAUUUUUAUUCAUAAUCUCAAUACAAAAGUAAAUGCCAAAUUCAAGGUGCCUUACAUGUGGCGUAAUACUUGGCAACUUUGUUUACAUAUAUUGAAAUAUUUACAUAAAAUACUUGAGAACAUGUAAUAUAUGUAUAGAUAUAGGUAUUGAAUGUAUAAACUAUACAUAGUAUCAUCGCUUCUAUUAUAUUGGUGUAAAGGUAACGACACGGUAAGACCCCGUAAGUAGUUUCACAAUGGCCUAACAAGUAUAUGUUAAAUGUAUAAUUGUAUACAACUGUUAACAUUAAAUGUUUUUGUCAUGAAAAUUCACAUAUUGUUCAUGUGAAUUAUAUGGAUAGCAUUUAUAAGUGAACAGGUGUAAUAUAAUUAAAGGUAGACACUUUAAUAUUUACAACAUGAGAUUACAGAAAAAAAAACAACGACAACACACGUCGCCACAUAAUUUUAUUUCAUGGACUUGCUAGCGGUAAUAAUUUUAUCAAUCAAUUAUACUUUGUAAAAGGAGAGGGCUGCUAAGAAAGGAUAUAUAAAGGUGGCAAGAAAAUAUAGAGGAGGUAGAUGAUGUAUAUCUGCCCAUACAUGUCCACGGGUACGUGUUAGAGUAAUCUUAUUUGCUUUCAACAAUGGACUGCAUUUUUAAUGUUUCAACUUUAAUCAAAACACUUCUUGGGUUUGAAAUAAAAAAUAUUUUUAAAGUGAAACCUUUAACGACCAUGACAAUUUAGCAAAAUGUCUGUAUAUGGUCAUAGUUAUGACCAGUCUUACUGAUUUGUACCAAUGACUUCUAAUUGUAACUAUAUAUGAUGUACUUAUACUUAUCAUUAAUUUCUGAAAUUAACUAUGUAUAAACAAGAAAGAGGUAAUAUUCUUGUAAUAUGUAUUGUUAUUAAUACUACUCGAAGAAUUUUUAAAUAAAGUUUAUGAUUAAAAAAAUUUUAGGGUAUAUUAGUCCUAAUAAUUUUUCUCCUAGCUUACAUAAAAUAUAGAUUCUGUCGAGAAAAUAAAAAAUCGGUGUGUAUAAAAUUAAGUACCUAUCUGUCUAAAUUAUUGAUUAAUAUGUAAGAUAUCGAAAAUAAAUUAUACUACAUAUUA